CACACUGUUUUGUGAUUGGUUGAUCUCGAUCUGAUGUACGUUUGGAAUCUUUUAGGCUAAGUUUCUAUUGGUUCCUAUAAACAAGAGUACUACAUACAAUAGUCACGAGUAGAGUUAAGAUUACAGGAUGUUUGAUAUCAACCAUCUUUCUGCAUUAGGAUAUAGGAAUUUAAUGUACGAUAUUCACUAUUUCCGGUACACAUGGUUGUAUCUCAGUUACAUUAUUUGAUACUUAUUUGUAUAUUAUAUAUUUUACUACAGUGAAUGGAAUAUACAAAGCAUAAAAUAUGGCACUUUACGUUUUAUAUGAGCAUGCAGCUGGCUAUGCUGUAUUCGGCGUUAAAGAAUUUGAAGAAGUAGGAAUGUUAUUACCUCAAGUUGAAGCAUCAGUAACAGAUUUAUCAAGAUUUAAUGCUGUGGUAAAGCUCGUUGGAUUUUCACCUUUCAAAACUGCUUUAGCUGCAUUAGAGAAUGUGAACAGUAUCUCGGAAGGCAUAGUACCCGAAGACCUACAAUUGUUUUUAGAUUCUAUUUUGCCUAAAUCCGAUCAGAAAAACAAAAUCAUUCUUGGUGUAUCAGAUCCAAAAUUAGGUGCCAGUAUCACAGAGAUAUUGGAUAUAAAAUGUGACCAUACAGGUGCUGUACCUGAAAUUAUCAGAGGAGUAAGAUUUCACUUUCACCAUUUAAUUAAAGGUUUUACUGCCAAAAGUUCUGCAGUAGCUCAGCUUGGACUUGGUCAUAGUUAUUCAAGAGCUAAAGUUAAAUUUAAUGUUAAUCGUGUGGAUAAUAUGAUUAUACAAGGUAUAGCUUUGCUGGAUCAACUGGACAAAGACAUAAAUACAUUUAGUAUGCGCAUACGUGAAUGGUAUAGUUACCAUUUUCCAGAAUUAGUAAAGAUUGUUCCUGAAAAUUAUAUGUAUGCCAAAGUGACACAAUUAAUUAAAAAUAGAAAAGAAUUAACAGAAGAAAAGUUGGAAGCAUUGGAAGAAAUUGUUAUGGACAGUGCAAAGGCUGAAGCAAUUAUAGAUGCCUCUAAAUCAUCUAUGGGCAUGGACAUCAGUCCUGUGGAUCUUCUUAAUAUUGAAAUGUUUGCUAGACGUGUAAUAGGAUUGGCAGAUUAUCGAAAGCAAUUGGCUGAAUAUUUAAAAUCUAAAAUGACUGAUAUUGCACCGAAUUUGGCUACUCUUAUAGGGGAUCAAGUAGGAGCUAGAUUAAUAGCUCAUGCUGGAUCAUUAACCAAUUUAGCAAAAUAUCCUGCAUCUACUGUUCAGAUAUUAGGAGCAGAAAAAGCAUUAUUUAGAGCAUUAAAGACAAAAGGUAAUACACCUAAAUAUGGAUUACUAUUCCAUUCUACAUUUAUUGGCCGUGCUGGUACUAAAAACAAAGGAAGAAUAUCCAGGUAUUUGGCCAAUAAAUGCUCUAUUGCAUCAAGAAUAGAUUGCUUCGCUGAGACACCAACAAAUAUCUUUGGUGAAAAAUUACGACAACAAGUGGAGGACCGUUUGAAGUUCUAUGAAACUGGUGAGAUACCUAAAAAAAAUAUAGACGUGAUGCAAGAGGCACUUGAAGAAGCUCAACAUGUAAUAGCUAAUCUGGAAAUGGAAUCACAGAAGAAGAAAAAGAAAAAAAAUAAGAAAAGAAAACAAGAAGAAUUACAAAAUGGUAAUACUGCUACUAAUGGUAUUCAUGAAAAUGGAGACAAAGAAGAACUUGUUCAGGAGAGCGAAGAACCUUUAAAAAAGAAAAAGAAAAAGAAAAAGUCCAAAAGUAUAGGUGAUAGUAUGGAAAUAUCAUAAAUAACAUUAAACUUUACUAUUUGUAUUAUUGCUAUAUCUAUAUUAUCUCACACACAUUAAAAGAACUGGCAUAUUCAACUUAUAGAAUUUUAUAAAUUUUCAAAAAUGUUUUCUACAUACUUCCCUCAGAAACACAAGUUAAUAGAAUUAUCUCCUUUAAACUCAUAUAAAGUGUAUCAUCUGAAAUAUUUCCUAUAAAAGUUCCAUAGUUUUACGGAGACCACUGUGUAUAAUAAAAAUGAUUUUAUUCCAUUGCAAAAGAUUAAUCAGACAAAGGCAUCAAUUUUGUUUUUUUCAAUGGAAUGUUAUAUUUUAUUUAUUUAUAAAUAAUAGCUGCUUUGAAAGUAAAUUACAGUAUAUAAUCCAGUAUAUUGAUAAAUAAGUAAACGUUUACAAGAGUCGAGGAUUUAUAAAUAAAUAAGAUUUUAUUUAAAAAUAAACAAGAAAGUUGAUCUUUUUACCUCAUUAAUUUUUUGCAAUAGAAUAAAAUUAUUUUUACGUUACACUACUUUCCAUAAAAUUGCAAGAAUUUAAUUAUCUAGGAAUUUUUUUUUUUUUUUUUUUUUUUUUUUAAUUUGUAUUACAAUAGAAAUAUUUUAGGUAAUAAAUAUAGGUGAUAUAUCCUGUAUAUUACAACAAAUUUUUUUCAAAUAAGUUUUGCUCUUAAUAUUUUCUGUUUUAUUAUAUUGAAAAAUGCUGUAUCAUUAGAAUCAUACUUGCAUUUUGAAGCUAUCUUAUGUGUUAUGAAUUUUUUCAUUAGGACAUCUGUUAUAUAGAUCAUUAUAAUUUUAUUUUUUUCUCCAAAAUUCAAAAUUAUAAAUGAUAAAUAAAAACAGAACUUUAUAUAUAUAUAUAUAUAUAUAUAUUAUGAUAUGUAAUAUUCUGUAAAAUUUUUUUAUUUAUAAGCUUACCUUAUUUUAUUAGAAAUCCUAUAGUUUAUGAAAGAAGGCGCUAAGUAUAAUAUGAUGUAUAAAAAUUAACUAUUUUAAAUAUAUUUUAUAUUGUGUCAUAAUUUAAAUUUAUAUAUACAUAUACAUAUAUAUGUGUGUAUAUGUAUAUGUAUAUGUAUACGAAUAUAUAUGCACAUAUGUGUAUAGGAAAAUAUGAAUAGAAUCCAGGACUGAUAAAUAUACUUAAUGUUUCCAUACGUGUUUUCAUCAAUAAUUACAUAAUUUUUACAUUACGAAACAGUUUUCUACAAAUUGAAAAAUAUACCUUUGUCAAGAAAUUGUAAAAUAUACCUUUUUUUAGUCAAAUUAUUUGGUGCAAUAGUUAAAUCUUCUUACAUUAGUUUUCCCAAACUCCACAAUUCAAAACUAUGUUAAGGUAUUCUACUAUUAAACUUAUAGAUAUAUUUUUUUUAAACGGAAAGUUAAAAUCUGUUAUAAAAACUUUGUGAUACUCCUAUUUGAUUAUACAUUGUAAUAUGUUUAUUUCUUUAUUUAUAUAUAUAUACAUAUAUAAUCUUAUGUGACCUUAUUGUCACAUUUAAUCUGGUAAAUAUUAAAUGAAUAAAUUCAAGUAGUAUUUCAUACAAAUAAGGAAGAUGGUGGUAUUAUGGAAAAAAAAAAAAAUAAAACAUUAAAUAAUUUUUGUAUUAACACCAGCACCAAUGAGCAUUUAAUAACGAUAAAAUUGUUAUGCAAAUAUUUCAAUCGAUAGUUACAAUUAUAAGUUCUAUACUAAAUAAAAUUCAGUCAAAAAUGCCUAAAUUAUUCAUUUGUUAUCAAAUGCACUUGUAUGUCACAAACAACAUUGCUAUUCUGAAUUAAUAUCAAAAGGAAUGAUACAAGUAAAACCAUGCCAUAUUGUUGCAUUGAAAGUUAUAGAUAUAUUUAUUCUAGUGCAUAAUUUUUAAAAUAUCCAUUUAAAUGUUGAUAUGUACUAGUAUGUUUUUUUUUUUUUUU